UCCGCAACGACCACUGGUCGUUAAAAACGAGUGCUGUGCGCUGGAAAGAGAGUUGUACUGUUACAGCAGUUUUAAACGUAAUUCAUAGAUUUUUUUUUUUUGUACCAGUUUUGUAUUUGUUCAUUACGUUUUAGCCAGUUGGUAAAACAGCCCGGCGUUGAGUAGCGUGGUGAAGCCUGUUCUCUCAGUGACAGUCGGUCGAGUGACGCCGAUGUCUGUCAGUAAAGCCGCCGAGCUGCAGCUGCAGAUGCGCCAGAACGCGGAGGAGUUGCACGACUUCAUGCGGGAGCUGGAGAGCUGGGAGGACGACAUGCGGAGGAGGGACGAGCAACUGCGGGCGGCGGGCGAUGGACAGAAUGUGUCGCAAAAUUUGCCACCGGUUAGAAACAAGGAGUACAGAAAAAAGAAGGUGAAAAGCAACGUUACCACUGCUGCAAAGAGCAAACCGAAGAAAGAGUCACGAAUAAAAUCGUAUGAUUACCAGUCAUGGGAAAAAUUUGAUGUGGAUAAGGCUUUAGAAAUGAUGGACAAAGAGUGUAGCCCACCAGAUUCCAAUGACUCAGACUCUGAAGACUCUGGCAUCCCUGUUGACAGAGACCGAGCCCUAGCUGAAAAGGAGAAAGGCAACCAUCUUUUCAAAGAGGGAAAAUACGAUGAUGCCAUUGAAUGUUACACGACAGGAAUGAACGCUGACCCUUACAAUCCAGUUCUGCCAACAAACCGAGCCACGUGUUUCUUCAAACUCAAAAAGUAUGCCGUAGCGGAAUCUGAUUGUAAUCUGGCUAUCGCUUUGGACAGAAAUUACACCAAAGCUUACGCCAGAAGAGGAGCAGCCCGUUUUGCCCUUAAAAAGUUUGAGAGUGCUCUUGAAGAUUAUGAAAUGGUUCUUAAAUUGGAUCCUGACAACUGUGAAGCACAAAAUGAAGUGAAGAACAUAAACAUGGCCAUGCCUGCACAGACACUGAACACAAACACAGAAGACAUGGCUAAAAAAGAGCCACGGCUUUUGAACGAUCAUGAGCAGCAACAGCUAGAAGAACAGCAGAGAAGGCAACAGGCUGCUGUGCAGAAAGAUCUGGGAAAUGCUUACUUCAAGGAGGGAAAGUACGAGGCUGCAAUAGAGUGCUACACUAAGGGGAUGGAGGCGGACCGAAGCAAUGUGCUAUUACCUGCUAACAGGGCCAUGGCCUACUUAAAGCUCGAGAGGUACAAGGAGGCAGAGGAGGACUGCAGCAAGGCCAUAGCUCUUGACAGCAGCUACUCCAAGGCCUUUGCCAGAAGAGGGACAGCCAGAAUAUCGCUGGGAAAACUCAGGGAAGCGAAAGAAGAUUUUGAGCAGGUUUUGAAGCUAGAUCCGGGGAACAAGCAGGCGAUGAAUGAGCUGAAGAAAAUCACAUCUUCAGGCAGCAUGGGCUUGGUUGAUAGUGGGGUGACAUUAAAGGUGGAUUCUCAGAGCCAAAGAAGAACAGUGCAGCCGAUUGAUAAGCCUCUACACUUGAGAUCCACUAGGCCAAUGAGGAGAAUGGACAUUGAGGAAGUUGGAGGCCAGCUUUGUACCUCCGAAAAGUCAGAAAUGGUGAAGUCUUCUACAUUCAGUGGAGUAGAUUCUUCCACUGUGGACAUGGGAGGCACCAAGAACUGGAUCCCAUCUUCAGCAUGUUCUCCUUCUGCUAAGAUUCCAAAAAUAGAGGAGAUCGCUGACAAUCCCGCACAGGUUUCAGAAGAAGGCCAUGAAGGGGACCAUGUGAAAAUGGAACUGUUGAGGCAGAAGGAGAACACUGGUGAUGAUCAGAAAGCAUCCUCAUUACUACAAAUGGUGUCUGUUCCUCCUCUUCCAUCAAACAGCUUUCAGCUUGAAGCAGAUUUAAGGAAACUAAAGAACCACCCAGAUACUAUGUACAAGUACCUAAAGCAAAUGGAACCAAACUUGUACCUAAAGAUUUUCCAGAAUUCACUGGAACCUGAGAUUCUCAACCAACUUCUAAGAAUAUUUCAGAGUUUCUACAUCAAGUAUGAGGAUCCAUCUGUCUUAUUAGACAUACUGAAGAACCUUUCACAUGUAAGGCGGUUUGACAUGGCCAUCAUGUUCAUGUCUGAGGCUGAGAAGAAAGUUGUACAGGAAAUAUUUGAAUAUCUUCAUCAAGCUGGUUUCCAAGAUGCUGCUUUGAAGAAAACAUAUGGAAUCUGAUCUGUUUCCUGACCAUUGAAGAUGGUGGCAUUCACUGAAUAAGCCUUCCAGUCAAGAGCAAACCUUUUGAAGUUAAAUACUGCAUGCUACUGGAGAUAUAUUGUCAUACUCCAAUUUUUAUAACAGAAUGAGGCAUUUAGUUUUAAAGCCAAAAACUGACAAACUACACAAAACCAUCUUUUUAAUUCCCCCAGGAGCAUGUUUUCACUGACAUUAGUACAUAUCUGAGAUUCUAUUGUCUCCUCCCUGUGUAUUGUACAGACCCAGAGUUGAUAUUACAUUAAAAUGAGUUAGGUAAUUGGAA